GUUACCGUUAAACACGUGUACGCAUUCCAGUUUUCAGACGUUCUCUUCGUGGGGUAAAAAUCCCUUGGUUUCAAGAUGACCAAGAGACGCAAUGGGGUAAUUCCCAAUGUUCACUUCCACAAAAACUGGCAGGAGCGUGUGAAGACAUGGUUCGACCAGCCUAUGCGCAAGCGCCGUCGACGAAAGCUUCGUGUCAAGAAGGCCCUUAAGAUUGCCCCACGCCCUGUGGCUGGCCCAAUCCGCCCAGUUGUGCGAUGCCCAACCUUCAAGUACCACACCAAAGUUCGUGGUGGACGAGGCUUCUCCCUUGAAGAGCUGAAGGCUGCUGGCAUCUUCAAGAGGUACGCCCCAACCAUCGGCAUCUCCGUUGACCACAGAAGGAAAAACCGCUCAGUCGAGGGUCUCCAGGCAAAUGUUCAGCGCCUGAAGGAGUACCGCUCUAAGCUCAUCCUCUUCCCCAAGAAGGCUAGCCUUCCCAAGAAGGGAGACAGCGAGGAGGCCGAGCUGAAGCUGGCCAAGCAGCUGGAGGGUCCCAUCAUGCCGAUCAGGAACGUCUUCAAGAAGGAGCAAGCCCGCGUCAUCACCGACGAGGAGAAGAAGCACAGCGUGUUCCAGGCCCUCCGCAUGGGGCGCAGCAACGCCAGGCUGUUCGGUAUCCGUGCCAAGAGACGACGCGAGAAGGAAGAGGAGGAACGCGAGAAGGCUACGAGGAAGAAGUAAACAAAGUCUUCAUAGCUACUAUCAUCUUUAUCUGCGUUAUCAUCUUUUAUCAGCCACAGGGAAGACCAGACAUAAUUGUGUUUUUAAGGCCAUGCUCAAAGUUUUCUCUUUGGUGAAGGUUUUGUUUGAGGGUAAUUUUACAAUACCUAAAUCUACAUUUAAAGCUGCUCAUUUUGGGCAUGGCCAUUCUAUACAGCAAUUAAGCCAUUGUGUAUAUUAUUCGGUGGAAAGGAAUAAAAUCAAAACCCCGGAAAGCUAAGAAGCUAAA